GGAGGGCGGUUGGGGCCCCUCGGGGCGCGGAGGCGUCCUCCGGGCCGAGCGGCUCCGUGCUGCUGGCCAUGAGCGGGAGCGAGGAGGAGUGGCGGGCUCUCAAGCCCCGGGAGCCCUCUCCAUCGCAGUGCUGCGGCGGCGGCUGCCAGCCGUGCGUGUACGACGUGUAUGAGCAGCAGCUCGCGCGAUGGGAGCGGGCCAGAGCGGCGCGAGACAAAGGCCUCCUCGUGGAGGGGCGCGGGGAGAGCGGUAAUUCAGAGCUCAGUCCAGAUGCGUUUACUGCAUUCAGCCUAAGCUGGGUGCGGCAGCUAACAGAGGACACCUACCAGUGCAGGUUUGAAUUACCGGGAAAUGGCAGCCUGCGAUUGGGUUUGGGACAACACCUCGUGUUAAGAGGAGUGGUGAAUGGUUUGGAGGUCCAGCGAGCCUACACUCCCAUUAGCCCAGGGAAUGCAGAAGGUUACUUUGAAGUUCUAAUAAAAUGCUACGAAGCUGGGCUCAUGUCACAAUACAUAAAGACUUGGAAAGAAGGAGACACGGCCUUUUGGCGUGGGCCCUUUGGAGGGUUCCCAUAUCGACCUAAUAAGCACGGAGAACUCCUCAUGCUGGCUUCUGGCACUGGUCUUGCACCAAUGCUUCCCAUUCUCCAGUCCAUAACGGAUGAUGAAGAGGAUGAAACCUUUGUAACUCUUGUUGGCUGCUUUUGUACAUUUGAAAAAAUAUAUUUGAAACCUCUUCUCCAGGAUCUGGCUCGAUACUGGAACAUCAGGAUAUUUUAUGUCCUAAGCCAGGAAACUUCCAAGGAAAAUCUUCCUUGGAGCUAUCAGGAAAACACCUACAUUGGUCGCCUCAAUGAAGACUUGAUAAGGACAGUAAUAAAUUCCUGCCGAAGAAAGCCAUUUGUAUUAAUCUGUGGCUCUUCUGCGUUCACUGAAGAUAUGAACAGAUAUCUGAAAGCUGCAGGAAUUGAAGAAGAUUCCUGUUUUGUCUUUUAGCAAAGCAUUCCUGAGCCGAGGAACCUCAGGCCAAGACCUGGACAUCCUGUCAAAAGACAUUGCUCAGAAUCAGUCAUCUCAGUAGACUGAGAUCCUUAUGCCUGUAGUUUUGUAGGCCUUUGGAUCAAAUAUAUUUUCCAGUAUGAUUCUCAAUCUUGAGUGUUUUAAAGAUCAGGUGGCCUUCCAGAGUGGCUGCUGUGACCACCCAUACCUCGAGGAGCAGCACAGUCAUUUUAGUGGGAGUCCUUACGUGCAAUUUUGAGAGGCACCUCUUAAGGAUAUGAAGAAGCAUCCAAGUGUGCACCUCUGCUGUAAUAGGGAGACCAAUGUCUUGCUUUGCAGUUCAUGUUAGUACGCAGUGAUACUGUGCCCUGUUAGAUGUACCCCAGAGAGAUUUAAUCCUUGGGGAGAAGAUAAUGAGGCGAUGGGAACAGCAGAGCACUGCCUGACCCUCUGGAGUCUGUGGGGUUUGUUUCAGUGUCAUUAUCUUGCUGGGUGAUGCCAGGCAGGUCUCUUCAGCCUCCCCGUGCCUCAGUUGCACUUUAAUGCGCUAAUAUGGGGAUGGAGAUGCUGCUCUCUGAAAAGAGCCUUUCCAGCCAUGUACCAAAAAAAAGACCACCUAUAUGUGAGGGUGGAAUUACACGUGUUUCAGGGGGGUUUGCAUUGCCUGUGCUGAACCUUAACCCUUGCAGUGCUGUCUGGAGGGAGAAGGAGAACGUCCUAUAAGUCUGAGGAAGCAUCAGGGUUGUAGCUGCUGUCUGUCAGGAAAGAUGGUUGUCUGCUUUCCAUGUCCCCUCAGUGUUGUGUGAGAGUCCCGGUCCAUUAAAUUGAAGUUAUUUUCAAAAAAA